AUGAAAGCUGAAAACUACUCUGCAGUGACUGAAUUCUUUCUGGUAGGACUUUCUCAAUACCCAGAACUCCAGUUUUUCCUAUUUGUGCUCUGCCUCCUUAUGUACCUGAUAAUCCUCCUGGGAAAUAGCUUCCUGCUCAUAAUUACCAUACUGGAUUCUCGCCUCCACACCCCCAUGUACUUCUUCCUUGGAAACCUCUCAUUCUUGGACAUCUGUUAUACAUCAUCAUCUAUUCCUCAAAUGCUUGUCAUACUUAUGUCUGAGAGAAAAUCUAUCUCCUUCCUUGGCUGUGCUCUGCAGAUGGUUAUUUCCCUUGGCUUGGGUUCCACUGAGUGUGUCCUCCUGGCUGUGAUGGCCUAUGAUCGGUAUGUGGCCAUCUGCAACCCACUGAGGUACCCCGUCAUCAUGAAGAAGGUGUUAUACAUGCAAAUGACUGCAUGGUCCUGGAUCAUAGGCUGUCUGAACUCCUUGGUGCAAACAGUACUGACAAUGAUUCUACCUUUCUGUGGUAAUAACAUCAUUGAUAAUCUUAGUUGUGAGAUACUGGCUCUUCUUAAACUCAUAUGCUCAGAUAUCUCCAUGAAUGUGCUUAUCAUGACAGUGGCAAGUAUUGUUUUACUGAUGAUUCCUCUACUGUUAAUUUCCAUCUCAUAUGUGUUUAUCCUCUCUUCCAUCCUGAAAAUUAAUUCUUCUGAAGGGAGAAAGAAGGCUUUUUCUACCUGUUCAGCCCACCUGACUGUGGUCACGUUAUUCUAUGGUUCAGCUCUUUUUAUGUACAUGAAGCCUAAGACAAAGUACACAAAAGCAUCUGAUGAAAUAAUUGGACUGUCUUAUGGGGUGGUAACCCCAAUGUUGAAUCCCAUCAUUUACAGCCUGAGGAACAAAGAUGUAAAAGAAGCUGUGAAGAAAAUCCUUAGCAGACUCUCGCAUCUAUGGAAAAUAUGA